UUUCACUUCUCCACUUCAAUCUAAUCGCUACCAAACAUGGAAACGAAAUUCGUAACAGCACCAAAACCUGUGCCAGAUGGAGAAGUUCUCACUGCGAUCUCCGCCAGCCCAAGGCCCUUCUCGGUCGAGAUACUUGCCAACAAUCGGACAACGUGCACAUUUAGAGCAACGUUCGACACCGUAGCCCACCCAGGCUUCCCGAAAAAAUAGGUCGAUAAUCUUACAGCCGUGUCGGCGCUCCAUAAUGUCGCCGCACUAGAGACACCAGAGCGCGUGUCCAAAGUCUAUGCGGUCAGUAGUGCCUUCAUGGGAAGUGAUAAGGACGUUAAGUACACAGUCAUUCAAUGCAUUUCAGACAUUGAGGUUUUGGAAUCUGUGUAGCCUGGACUAUUCUGUGCUCAGAAGUCGAGGUUGGCCAAUGCGGUCGCUGACGCCGUUCAGAGGCUGCAGAAGGUACGCUUCGAAGAUUAAAAUGUCCAGAAGCUCCUUAAGCGGACAACAACCUUUGCAAAUGGCACUCGGAAGACAUUUGGAGGUCCAAGAGAUGUCGGAAGAUAUGUACGACUUCCUGUCCAAUUUUGUGGCUUGGCAUCAGAAGCAAACCGGUGCCAUAACUACAAUUGAGAGAACCACUGAGGGCGUAUGUGUCAAAUCAGUGCAAAGGCGUCGUUUGCAGUUCAAUUCCACCCACGAAGAGCUACUCGCCAUCGCGAGAUCGGCCGCUCUUUUGCACCACGACCUCGAACCACGUCACACCCUGGUCAGGCGCAUACCUUCAAACGACUGCAUAUCGAAGCCUCGACACUAGCUCGCUGCGAUAGUCGACUGAGAUAUGGCAGGUUUCAUGCCUUUCGCUUUUGAUACGGGGUGGAAAUAUGGAGGCCUAGGAAGCUCCUCCAUCUACUGGGACUGGUGUAAACUGUUUUAGCAAAAGACGCGUGACCUCACACCCGCUGAUGAACGCUUCCAGACUCUAUUGUGCGCUCUGCACUUCAUUGUGGAGGCUAAAAGAGAGUCGAUGAAGAAGAAUGUCAAUGCUGAGUUUUGCCCACGAUGGAGGACUCAAGAGGGUUCAGAGUGGGCUGCAGAUGUAGGCGGAUCCGUUGUGGAGGGCUGGAAUGCAAGCAAGCUAAGCAUGUUCUCCAGGGAGGUGAACGACGAGCGUGAACUGCAGAUAUUACGGGAUUCGGGGAAA